UGGCCUCCAAUGGGGCGUCAUUUGCUUUGCGCACUCGACAACGACAAGAUGAUCAAGCUAACCACUGCACUGUGCCUGCUCAUGCUCCUGGCUGGCGUCCACUCCGAGACGCCACAGGGUCGCAUUUUGGGCGGCGAGGAGGCGGCCAACGAUGCCACGCCCUAUGCGGUGUCGCUGCGCGUGGACAAUGCGCAUGUCUGCGGAGGCAGCAUUAUUUCCGCAUCGAAGUUGCUCACUGCCGCCCACUGUCUCUAUCGCGAUGGCAAACUCAUCGACAGCAGCCGCAUUUCAGCCCGCGUUGGCAGCCCCAAUCAAUAUGCCGGCGGACACGUUGUGAACAUUGCCUCCUAUUCCAUCCACCCGGACUAUGAUGCGCUGAUUAACAAUUUGGCUGUCAUCACAUUGAACACAGCGCUGGAGUGGACAGAUCGCAUCAAAGCGAUUGAAUUGACUGGUGCCGAUGAGGCGUUGCCCGCUGAAGGCGCUGAGAUUAGCGUUGCCGGUUGGGGCACCACCGUUGAUGGCGUCUCCUCAUUCAGGAUACGCAAAAUCAACCUUACGUUUGCCUCCGAUGCAGUCUGCUUGGAUGCCUACAGCGAUCACGAUGCCAGCUCGAGCUUCUGCCUCGCUCAUGCCCUUAAGGAGGGCACCUGCAAUGGCGAUGGUGGCGGAGCUGCUGUCUACAAUGACAAAAUAUUGGGCGUCGUCAAUUUUGUGGUCGGUGCAUGUGGCUCACGUUACCCCGACGUGUUUGUUCGCGUCGCCGGUUAUUCCGAUUGGCUGCAGGAACAGUUGCUUGCCUAGAUACCGAAAUGAACAAAACAAUUCCAGCUAAUUAUAUAACCAUUAAUCCUUAACUAUAAUCUGUGGUGGAGUUUUCUUUCAGCGGGUGGCAGCGAAAACUUGUUAAGACCUUUGUCCAAGUUGCGUUUCAGACUCCAAAAAUGUACUCUAUAUUUGCUUUUUGUGUAAUUUUAUAGCAAUUAUAUUCAGAUCUAUUUGUUGGCA